GCGCAUGCGCACUACAUUCGGAAAUCCGCUUUAAAGUAUACUGCGGGAAAGAUUGCAUGCCGAAGUCCAGAACAGCUGACUCUUCACGACCAACAAUAAUUAUGUGCGACACCAAAAAGCAAGCAAGGACAUCCCUUGACCAGUUAAAAGAGGACACAGUUGUUGUCGCCGAUACAGGUGAUUUCGAAGCUAUGAAGAAGUACAAGCCAACAGAUGCGACAACUAACCCCUCCCUCAUCUAUGCCGCCUCCAGCAUGCCAGCCUACCAACCACUUAUCGAUGAAGCGAUAAAGUACGCCAAGGAUAAGGGAGGGAGCAUCGAUGAGCAGGUCGUACAGGCCAUGGACAGGGUGUGCAUUAACUUCGGCUGUGAAAUCCUCAAGAUCAUCCCCGGCAGAGUGUCCACUGAAGUCGAUGCUAGGUUAUCGUUUGACAAGGAUGCCAUGAUCACCAAGGCUCAGAAACUGAUCAAAAUGUACAAGGACUUGGGCAUAGACAAGGAAAGAAUUCUCAUCAAACUCUCGUCCACCUGGGAGGGUGUUGAGGCAGCCAGAGUCCUGGAGAAGAAAUACGGAAUCCACUGCAACAUGACUCUCAUCUUCAGCUUCCACCAGGCUGUUGCAUGUGGACAGGCUGGAGCUACUCUCAUCUCACCGUUUGUAGGCAGGAUAUUUGACUGGUAUGUCAAGAACGGUGACAAGAAGACCUUCGAACCUUUGGAAGAUCCUGGUGUGAGGAGUGUGACAAGAAUCUACAACUACUACAAGAAGUACGGCUUCCCAACCGUUGUGAUGGGGGCAUCCUUCAGAAACACUGGCCAGAUUCUGGGUCUUGCUGGCUGUGAUCUGCUCACCAUCUCCCCCUCACUCCUGGAAAAGUUGUCUAACUCCUCCGACCCAGUAGAGGUGCAUCUGGACAAGAAAUCAGCACAAAAACUUGACAUUGAUGAAAUAAAUGUUGAUGAAAAGAUGUUCCGCUGGGAGAUGAACGAAGACCAGAUGUCCAAUGACAAACUCUCCGAGGGAAUUCGCAAAUUUGCAGCAGAUGCAAUAAAAUUGGAAAAUGUGUUGAAAGAUAGAUUACUUUAAAACGCCAGUGGAAGAUCCUGGUCAGACUCCCAAGGAGCAGGUGAACUCAAUAUUCAAAAACCAUCAUCUUAUAACAAAUGGCCAGCUGGGUGUAUCUGCUUGAAUAUAUAACAUUAAACAUGUACUUGCACAAAUGUGAAUGUACUCUCAUUCCAUUCUAGUAACUCAUCAGGUAUGAGGUACAUUGAAUGGUUGGUGCCAUUGGAGGUUUUUUUCGGUAAAGUAGGUUCAUGCAAGGCGAGACUUUUAAAGGAAUUGGUUUAAAGAUUUUCCUUAAAAUGAUGUUGGGAUAAGUAAAAUCUGAAAAGCUCUUUAUUUUUUUAUUUAUUCCAUUGAAUGCAAUCGUAUUUGCUCGCCACACAAAGCUGCGUAUAAAACUGGUUAAAGUGCAAGGCCCUAUGAGACAACAACAAAAAUAACAACAAACCCGCAUUUGUAAAUCUGCAAAUCAAGAAAUAGAAAAGGUUUGGUAGAGUUUAUUUACAUAAUGGUUUAAUCCAGUAGAGAAAUCCUUCAUUGUUAAUGCUUGCUUCUGUAGAUUGUAGUAUUGAUGUGUUUAUGAUAGAAAAUCCAUUUUGUUUUCUUUUGGUUCAUAUGAUUGUUGUAAUGUUUCUUUGUUCAUGAAUUAAAAUAGUAAUUAACAAAUAGUGAAUUUAUUUUUUGAGUACAUGUAUUUGAAUGUUAUUUGUUUUUAUAACCAUUCUUUAAAAUGUUGUUGACUUGUUUCCCAUGGAGCUUUCUUGAAUUUGUCUCAUAAUAUGUAGGAUUAAUUUUAUAGCCAUAGUGUUACUAACUGGCCCAUGUUAAGGGAUUGUUAUGUGCCUGUGAAACAUUAUUCAGCUGUAUUACAUUUGAUGAUAGAACAUAUGUACUUGUUGCACAUCCUCUUUUUUUUAACUAAAAGAUGACAAAAUUUGAAAUGUUUAUUUGCUUUAGCCAGUGUUCCUUGUUCUAAGUCUCAUGCUUACAAAAUGUAUUUAUUCAUACUCACAUAAAUAAUAUUCUCCUUAGCCCUGGCAUAUAUUUUGUAUAUCAUUCUGAUGAAAAAUAUUGAAUAUAGACAUAUGUCUGGGUAGUGUGAUGGUGUCUGUUGCAAGAAAACAUGUAAACUGUAUGUCAGAACGAUCCAUGUAUAUGAAUGAUGUACAUUUGUGUGGUUGUAUCGUAUACAGUGAUGUAUUAAUGCAAUUCAUCAUGGGACAGGAAGGCAUCAAUAAAAUUUAUAACAGACAAGUUUUUGCCUGUUAACAUUGUUUGGAAAUUCA